AUGAUGUCUUGGAAAGAGGAUAAGGAUUGCUGCUUAUGGGAUGGUGUCACAUGUGAUUCUUUAACAGGCCAUGUGAUUGAUCUCGACCUUAGUUGUGCCUGGCUUCAUGGAAGUUUUCCUUCAAACACUAGUCUUUUCCUUCUUAAUCAUUUGCAAAGGCUAAACUUAGCUUUUAAUGAUUUCAAUCUUUCUUAUAUUUCUUCUGAUUUGAAUCAUUUGUCUAGUUUGACACAUCUUAAUCUGUCAUGCUCAAACUUUUUUGGUGAAAUUCCUUCUGAAAUCACCCACUUGUCUAAAUUGAUUGUGCUUGAUCUUUCUAGAAAUUACUUUGAUGGCCUUUCAAUUGAAACAAAUACUUUAAAGGGGUUAGUUCAAAAUUUGACCAAAUUAGCAGAACUUCAUCUUAAUGAUGUAAACAUGUCUACCGUUGUACCAAGUUCCUUCAUGAAUUUAUCUUCUUUUUUAUCUUUUUUAAGUCUCUCUUUUUGUGAAUUGCGAGGAAACUUUCCAAAUAGCAUCUUUCACCUACCAAGUUUAAAAACCGUCGAUUUAUCAUAUAAUCAUGAUUUGGCAGUUGUUUUCCCAAAGGCUAACUGGAGUAGCCCCCUCCAAUUUUUGGAUGUGUCUUUCACAGCUUUUUCUGGAGAAUUACCAAGUUCUCUUGGAAAUCUCAAGUAUUUGACACAUUUUGCUGCCGAAAAUUGCGGUCUUAAUGGGUCAGUACCUAUUUCACUUGGAAACCUUCCAAAUUUAGUUCAUAUUUCUUUACGUUAUAACUCUUUCAAUGGGUCUCUGCCAUCUUGGUUAUUCACUCAACCUUCGUUACGGUAUGUAGACUUGAGUAUUAACCAACUAACAGGCACUAUAAAUAAAUUUCAUAGUAAGUCAUUGGAAACUCUCUAUUUAGAUAAUAAUCGAUUGCACGGAUCAAUUCCAAGUUCAUUAUUUGAACUUGUUAAUUUAACUAGUCUCUCUCUUUCUUUGGACAAUUCAAGUGCCAUUGAUCUUUACUUGUUUUCAAAGCUUAAGAAACUUAAAGUGAUUGACUUUUCUCAUGUCAGUUUAUCUUUGAGCACCCCAUUCAAAGGAAACUCUUCCCUUCCGCAACUCAUCUGGUUGAGAUUAUCUGCUUGUAACUUGAGCGAAUUCCCUAAGAUUUUAAGGAAAUCAGAUCAAUUGAGUUGGCUUGACCUUUCCGGAAAUAGAAUCCAUGGCCGAAUUCCUAAGUGGAUGUGGAACAUUGGAAAGGAAAGUUUGGAAUCAUUAAAUCUUUCCCACAACUUUCUUACAACCAUAGAUCACCUUCCAUGGAAAAAACUUCAAUAUCUAAACCUUCAUUCCAACUUCAUUCAAGCAUCAUUUCCAAUUGCAUUGCCUGAGUUAGGAAUUCUUUUAUUGUCAAACAACAAUUUGACAGGAGAGAUCCCCCACUUGUGCAAUAUCAAUAGAUUACUCUAUGUCGAUCUUUCAAAUAACAACUUGAAUGGUACAAUUCUUGAAUGCAUGAUAAACUCCAGUAGUCUUUGCAUCUUGGAUGUACAAAAAAAUAGAUUGCACGGCAACAUUCCCAAUGCAUUUGCACAGGGCAAUUAUUUUCAGUUACUUAACUUCAAUGGUAAUAAACUUGAAGGGCCACUCCCACAAAGUUUGGUUAAUUGUACAAGGCUUCAAGUUUUAGAUCUUGGAAACAACAACAUAAAUGGUAGCUUCCCCUAUUGGUUGGGAGAUCUUCCCAAUUUGCAGGUUCUUGUUCUUCGUUUCAACACCUUUUCUAGUUUUGAUUGGGGUUCUUUUGAAUUUAAUCGUAGUUUCCCAAUGUUGAGAAUCUUAGAUCUCUCACACAACAAUUUUAAUGGUUAUUUGCCAACAAGGCUUUUUGAGAAUCUAAAAGCUAUGAUGAAUCUUGAUGAAGAAAAAAGGAUAUUGAAUUAUAAAGACGAUUCAUAUUAUCAAAUAGAGAUGGUAGUUAAAGUUUCCGAAUUUCAAGUGGUGAAAAUUUUUAGUACUUCUACUACCAUUGAUUUUUCAAACAAUUGCUUUCAUGGAGAAAUUUCAAGCUCAAUUGGAAAACUUCGUUCACUUCAACGACUCAAUCUUUCUCAUAAUAGCCUAACUGGUCAGAUUCCAUUCUCAUUGGGAGACUUGACUGCACUUGAAAUCUUAGAUCUAUCUUCAAACAACCUUGUUGGAGAGAUUCCAACUUCUUCAUAA